AUGCAAACCUUCUUCUUCAUCGGUGGCCUGCUUUUCAUCUUCUACGUAUCUUCAUCCUCCCUUGCAUCAACCGGUCUACACCUCACAACUUUAAAACAACCCUCCCUUUCAUCAAACAGUCAACACCUCACAGCUUUAAAACAAACCGACCUUCAACUAGAAGAUUUCAAAUUAAAGGUCGAUCCCAGUUUACAUUUCGAAAACCCUAGGCUUAUGAAAGCUUAUUGCGCCUUACAAGAAUGGAAGAAAGCAAUCUACUCAGAUCCACAAAACCUCACAGGAAACUGGGUAGGCCCAAAUGUGUGUUCAUACGAAGGGGUGUUUUGCGCUCAUGCUUUAGAUGAUCCAAACAUUCUAACAGUUGCUCUUAUUGAUCUCAACUAUGGAGACAUUGCUGGACAGCUUGCUCCUCAUAUUGCAUUAUUAAGCGACCUCGGUGUAUUCCAUAUUAAUUCCAACAGAUUCUGUGGGAUUAUCCCUGAAACCUUCUCAAAACUCAACCUCCUGUUUGAAUUCGAUGUCAGUAACAAUCGUUUCGUGGGCCCUUUCCCUAAAGUUGUAUUGGACAUGCCUCAUUUGAGGUUUCUUGAUAUAAGAUAUAACGAAUUCGAAGGCAAAUUACCUCCUGAAUUAUUUGACAAACGCCUCGAUGCCAUUGUUAUCAACAACAACCGAUUCCAUUCCACCAUUCCAGAAAACAUCGGGAAUUCACUCGUUUCCAUGCUUGUUCUUGCAAACAAUAAGUUCACAGGUUGCAUACCUAAAAGCUUUGGAAACAUGCCACGUUUAGAACAAGUUUCUUUUUCCAAUAACCUUCUAACUGGUUGUAUACCGGAAGAGAUUGUGAAUCUUCAGGGGUUGAUAUUGUUUGAUGUGAGUAACAACAAAUUCAUCGGGAAACUUCCGAAAGUUUUACACACGUUGAAAAGAGUCGAGAGGUUUGACUUUUCAAACAACCGGUUGACCGGAACGAUUCCUAAAAGUAUUUGCAGUAUGCCUGCACUUUUGGAUUUUAGAAUCUAUAGGAACUACUUUCACGAGAUUAGUGGAGAAUGUGAUAAGCUUGUGGAUGAAAAGCUGCUUUCUAUGAAGGAGAAAGACAAUUGCUUCCCUAAAAGACCCCAUCAAAAAUCCGAAAAAAUUUGUUCUCAAAUGAUCGACACUCAAGUUGAUUGCAAAAAUGUAGGCUGUAGUACACCACAAAACAGUGUUGUUGAACCUGGAAAUCGGAAAAUAACACCACAUAAAAUGAAACCACCACCACAAAAGGUUCAUCCGCCACCAACACCUGUCCCACAACCACCAAAACAAACCACCAAGCCACCACCAGUGGUCCGAGGACACUAG